GGCGGACCUCGAACUUCGCAUCAAAAGAUGCGCUAGUUGUCAAGAGCAACGUAACGCGCCAAUCAGCGCACCUCUUCACCCGUGGUCAUGGCCGACUUCACCGUGGCAGCGUGUUCACGUAGACUUUGCAGGACCCUUUCAGAAUACUAUGCUUUUAGUAGUGGUCGACGCACAUUCCAAAUGGCCAGAGGUUUUCGAAAUGCGCUCGACAACUGCAGAAAGCACGAUUCGUUGUUUGACCGAGCUCUUCGCACGUUUUGGUUUUCCUGAAACAAUUGUUUCCGAUAAUGGACCUCAAUUUGUUUCGCAGGAGUUCAAGCACUUCGUGCAGGCAAUGGGGGCACGGCACGUCUUCACGGCUCCCUACCACCCCAGCUCCAAUGGGCUGGCAGAGCGUUUCAUUCAGACCUUAAAGAACGCCCUCCGCAAAGACUGCACAGGAGAGACACUGCAGGUCCUGUCUCUUUCCAAGUGCGUGCAACCACACAGAGGGGCACCUUCACCUGGCGUGGCCACCAGGAUCAGGUGCUGCACAGACCUGCAGAGGACGUUACCCCUACGCAUGGAACAGCUGGCGAAGCUACGACCAGCGAGUUCCUGGUUUUUCCUGAGACUGGCGACGCACCAGUUCCUCCGACUCCAAAACCGUCCAGGGCGACUCUGGUUACGCCACAGGCAACACCAGCACCCGCCGAGGCAAGACGCUACCCCAUGCGAAAUCGUCGCCCACCAGAUAGAUUCCAAGCUGGACUCUGAAUGACUUUGUGUGCGUUAUUAAAAAGAAGGGGAGGUGGUGUUGUGUCGGCUGGCGCUCCAUUGAUAAGAGCACUCUGCGAAGUGCGCAUGCGCCGCUAGGUGUUAAAAGCGGAGUGCCGCUUGCUAUCGGCGCUCUUUCUUGCCGUAGCCACGAACCCACAAGCAUGGGUCAAUAAACGUCGUUCA